AACGAAGCUCUGCCUGACUGUAUUAUCAUAGCCCAAAAAUCAUCUACGCUUCAUAUUGUCUCCCACUGCCUCGCACCAUGUCAGCCUCUGGCCUCAUCCUGCUGGUCCUCGCGGUGUCCCCGUGGCCCGCGGAGUCCAGGUUCAUCACAGAUCCUGUGUCAUUCAUCAAACAGAAAUCUCUGACAAUGGAUGUGUGUUCAGAGUGCAGCCAGAUCAUCCAGCUGUCCGCCAACAUGAUUUCAAGCAGAGACACUAAGGAGACUGUGUAUGAAACCCUGCACGCUCUGUGUCAGCACCUCCCAAAAGAACAGGCAUCAGAGUGUGAUUCACAGGUGAAGAUGAAUCUGCCAAAAGUCUUGCAGCAGACACCUGGUCACCUGAAACCAGGAGACACCUGUAUGGUUUUCGGACUUUGUGCUGCCCACAAGGAAGAGGACCUGCUCAAACUUCAACACACCACCAGUAAAGACACAUUCAGCUCUGCGCUCGGCACAGCCACUGGCACCCAUGGGCAGUUCAACCCAGUUUGCAGCCUGUGCUUGUUUAUCAUCAAGAAAAUGGAGACCCUGUUGCCCAAAAAUAUGACUGAGGACGCUCUAAUGAAGCUCAUGGGGGAGGUGUGCGAUCUCAUGCCACACAGCUACAAGGACCAGUGUGACGACUUUAUCGACAAAUAUGGCGCAGAGAUAGUCGAAUUCCUCUUGUCAUCUGCUGCACCGACCACAAUAUGCACACUUCUGCACCUCUGUUUGUUCAAAGAGCAGCCUGCUCCAGAGUUGUUCCUACCCUCUGACUGUGACUCAUGCCGCACGUUGGCUGUGCUGAGCCGACUUCACCUGGGUGUCAACUCCACCGAACCUCAGACUUCCUCUUUCCUCCAGUCUGUGUGUGUCCUUCACCCCAAUGCCAUCCCCAAGUGUGAGGCUUUCACCCAAAUCUACGGCUCCCGACUGCAGAAGGUUUUGGGAAACCAGAUGGAUGUUCCACAUGCUUGUGAGAGAGCUGACUUGUGUGUUGCCCCAAAAAAGCUGGAGCCACUGGGAAAGAACCGUUGCACUUGGGGACCGAGCUACUGGUGCAAAGACGUUCAAACUGCUCAGAAGUGUGGUAACCAGGCCUUUUGUGAGAAAUACAUGUGGAAGGAGUGAACCAAACUGCCAGCCUGUGUGCGCACAACUACUUUCUCUUUACAAAUGUAUUACACUGAUCAGCACUGGAACCUUUAUAAAUGUUUUGCACUGAUCAACUUUUUUUCUUACUUUUGGUAGACAUUAUUCAUCAUAUGUGCAAUCUUCACCAAUAAGCCAUAUAUAUUCAUCAUGAACUGCUCCAGUUUGCAUGAAGUGUCACAAGACUGAGGCUGGGAUUCAGUCUGAAACAUCAGUUUCCGCAGUUGUUAAGUUUUGUGAACUUUGCUGUUCUGUAGAUUGCUUUAUGUGCCAUUAUGAAUGUGGAAAUUGCACAAAAAUGUCAUUACAUAAGAUGAGCUAUCUGUAUGUAUAAAAGAUCACGUGAAUGACUGACUAUUCAAUAAAGCGGCAGAGCUGCUGCUUCUGUUAUCUUA